AUGGCAGAGACCCUCAUGGAAGAGAGGAGCCCCUUUGAGGCAUCAGCCUGGCCUUCAAAAUUCCAUCCUUUCCUGCAGAAGAAUCAGUUUUGGAAUAUUUCCGAGAAGAAACUGUACUUGGAUCAAAAUGGAGAUCUAACAGCAGAUCUGGCACUCAUGAGCUCCUUGUUUGUCCCCAAGAAAGAUCCCAUCAGACAGCGAAUGGGGACUUUGGAAAGACAGAGAAUUACUAUCCUCCAAGGAGCUCUUCCAUGGCUAAAGUUGCUCAACAAGUCCCUGCCUCAGUCCAAAUGUGUGGAAAGUUGUCAUCCUGGGUUUGUCAAGAGAGCUCGAGAAGGAGAGCCAGUUUGCUGCUACGACUGCGUUCCUUGUCCGGAGGGGACCUUCUCCACUCAGGAAGAUACCGAAAAAUGCACCAAGUGUCCAGAUGAUAAAUAUCCAAAUGAGGCCAGAGUCCAAUGUACUCCCAAAACUGGAGCAGAUGAUGAAGCUAAGCCCAAGAAUGGGGUUACAUGCAUCAUCAGUGUUGAGUCCUUAGGUCCCCACAAGAGUCCCAAGGCCAACCCCCCGUGA